AUGGCGACAGCUGACAAGGAUCUCGAAAGAAGGCUCGAGAUGCCUGAUCUCUUCUUAGAGUCGGAUCUAAGCAGAGGUAUCGUGGCUUGGGAUGGUCAAAAUGAUCUACAAAAUCCCAGUGGUAUGAUAGUGCUUAGCUUCCUCACAUCGACAAUUGUGACUCCGGCAGCUUCAACCAUUACGGAUGAAUUUCAUGUUAAUUCAAACAUACUUUCAUCCAUGAUCACUACCAUAUUUGUGUUUGCUUAUCUGUUCGGGCCCUUAGUCCUAUCUCCUCUAAGCGAACUAUACGGACGGCGAAUAAUUCUAAACUCUGCCCAUGCCCUCUUCACACUUUCCCAUAUUGGCUGCGCUCUUGCUCCUGAUGUCGGGGCAUUCCUUACCUUCCGCAUAUUGUCAGGAUUUGGUGGCUCAGUAAGUCUGUCAGUGGGAGGAGGCAUUGUCGCAGACCUUUUCGCUAUUGAACAGCGUGGCGUCGCGAAUGCCCUAGUCGCGACGGGAUCGGUCUUUGGGCCCGUGUUAGGACCACUUUUUGGCGGCAUCAUAACACAAAACAUUGGCUGGAGAUGGAUAUUCUGGGUACUCCUGGUUUCAUGUGCAGUGAUGGCGACCUUAAUGGCGAUUUUCGCACCAGAAACGAAUGCAUCUGUCAUCAUUCGUCGCAAGACAUUGAAGAUGAGAGAGCAACUGGGUAUACAAGAUUUACAGAGCGGUUAUGACUCCGAGAAAGACUUGAUCAGCUUCAGACGGCCUUGGGGCUCCCUAACCUGCGCAGUCUCUCGCCCCUGGAAGAUGUUCUUCCGUUCACCAUUGCUUCUGGUUCUCUGCUUGAUCGUUGGUCUGGUGUCAGCUCUUCUUUACACCCUUUUGACUACUACCUCCUCCAUCUUCCAAGACGACUAUUCUUGGUCAUUGGAAGCCGCAGGGCUUGCCUACCUCGGCCUGGGGUUCGGUAGUUUAGUCGGUCUCAUUCUAUUCGCCAAAACUUCCGAUAUCAUUGUCUCGCGCUUGACCAAGGCAAACAACAAUACCUUCGAGCCGGAGAUGCGCAUCGUGACAGCAUUUGUACCCGCGCUUCUUAUCCCAGUGAGCUUUUUCUGGUAUGGCUGGUCGACUUACGUGCAUGCACAUUGGAUCGUUCCUUUAAUCGGGCUCGCACCUUUUGGCUUUGCCCAAGUAGGAUUGACCGCAAGCGCUCAGGCAUAUCUGAUUGAUGCGGCUGGACCCUAUGCAGCGUCUGCAGUUGCCUGCGUUACUUCGGUCAGGUGUCUGUUUGGAGCUUUCGUGCCUUUGGUUGCACCAAGUCUUUACGAAACACUCGGUUUGGGCUGGGGCAACUCAUUGCUUGGAUUUAUUAGCUUGAUCAUGCUUGCCCUGACCACGAUUGUCUAUCGAUUUGGGGAAAGUUUGAGACUGCGGCAUCCUUUGUCUAUAGAAUAA